GAUUGAUCGUGUUCUUAUUCUCCGACCCUGUCCCUAAGUUGAUACCUUCAAUAUCAAAGCAGUAAAUGUUUCAUAAUUAUACUAAAAUUGUGAACAUUCUAUGCGCAAGUGUAAGAGUUAUAAAACAAAUUUGAAGAUACUAGAAUAUUCUCGACAAAACAGGCAGGCCGGAGGUUAUGUUUAUAUCUUUUGUAUUUUCUUUGGGUAAACGUAGUGUUUUCUUAUAAAUAAUCUAAUCAUGUCGAACGUAUUCGGUUUGCUAGUGUCUGGGAGACUGGUGCAGACGGACUUCACGCAGAUAUCGGAGACGCAGUUCCUGGUGACGAUCCCGGAGGCGGACGCGAUCAACCACGCGGCCGUGUUCCUGACGGGCGUGUCGCCGCUGCCGCCGGGCGCGGCGGGCAUGGUGUACUGGAGCUGGCCCGACCCCUCGGCGCCGCCCAACUGGCAGCUCCUCGGGCACAUCUCCAACUCGAAGCCCUCUGCUAUAUUUAAGAUAGGAAGCCUGAAAAAGUUACAUGAACUCUCAGAGGAAAACAAAUUCAGCAGUACAUUCGGAGCACAGAAGAUUUGUCAUAAUGCCCAGAUUGGCAUCUCCAUAGAACCAGAAGACAAUAUACAAUUAUUAGCUUCUUCAAUUGCAAUUCAAACAAACUCUAAUAUAACAUUUGCACAAAAAAUGUUAGAGAGCUUAGUAAACUACGUAGCCUCGUUCUCCGUGACACAAGACCAGAUGACCCCGACCCCCGGCGUGUCGUACAUCCCCCUCAACACGCUGCAGACGUGGUACCAGAACUUUGAGCGACGGCUGCAGCAGAAUCCCAACUUCUGGAAAGACUAACUUGUUUGUAAUGUAAGAUUUUUUAAGUUGAAUUAAGCUUAUUUUUAAGAAUGAAAUGUUUUCCCUAAAUUAUUUUUCACAAAUAAUACCCUCAUUGUGAUGUGAUAAACAGUUUAUAAGUUUCCAGGGUUGUGACCUUGUUAUGACCCACAGAGUUCCAUCAAUAGACUAGUUACAUUCCUCGUUUUGUAUCCCGAGAGGAAAUAUUUUAACUUCAAAUUUCUUGAUACAUAAUAUUUUUUAACCUGCUGCUUCCAUCAGCAUUGCAACCUAUCUUAAAAAGUAAUGCCUUGUCUGGAAGAAAUGUUCACCAUCUGCUACUGCUCAGGGAAAAAUAAUUGUAGACUCUAUGAAUCUUUUCAGCAGGAGAUAAUGGAUUUUUCACUUUUGUCUUGAUUGUACCAUUUAAGGUCACAAGCUUUUAUUUGCUAGCAAGACAAAAAUAUUUCAAUGUCAUCUCUAUGAAUUAUGGCCUCAUUAAUUAAAUACAGGGCCAUACUUGUGCUUAUGUAUAGUAUUGAUUUUGUGUAGGUAAAUUGUAUCCAUAAGUCUAAUUUGAUUUCAUGGAUGAAUCUUUUGUGCAUAAUACUUCAAACUAAACUAAGAGCUAGUUUAACUAAUUAGUCUUCGCUAGUGUUUCUACUGAGAAGAAUACAUUAAGUUUUCAAAAAUUUUUUCGAAUUUGUGACAUUAUGACAUUUUUGGUUAUAUUUAUAAAUGUUAAAGACUGCUUAUAUUUU